AUGGCAGGAUACCCCCAAGACUCCGAGGACUAUUACCCAGCUUACCUCUCCAGCCCCAGUGAGAUCAGCUUCAGUGAGUCCCAGGCCCAGUACAUGUCCCCCCCGUCACAGCAGGACAGUGCAAAAGAAGAGCUGAAGGAACAGACAACCACGGACCUCGACAUUGUCCAAGUGACAGUGCCCAAAAAGAAUGUGAAGCGCAGGAAGCAGGUGGCAGCCACUGCGCCCUCUGUCCUAGAACAUGCCGCUAUAUCUCAGCGCCGGAAGAGGACCGUGUACAACCAGGACCAGCUGGACAUCCUAGAAGAGUUCUUUCAAAGCAACAUGUACCCAGAUAUCCACCAUCGAGAGGAGCUGGCCAGGCGUAUCUAUAUUCCGGAAUCCAGGAUUCAGGUCUGGUUCCAAAACAGGAGAGGUAAAGCCAGGCGUGAGAAGAGAAAGUCCAGCAAUUUUGAUGCUUGUUACCCCAACAUGCGGCAGCCGGCCCACAGUAUAUAUCCACUGCCGCAGACCCCAAACGACUCACUGACUGUAUCUGAGCAGCACGAGAUCAUGGUGUCGCAGCAGCAGCAGGAUCAAGCAAUGUGGAAGCUGCAGCCGGAGAUGUUCCAGCAGCCUCCAGAUUCCUUCCCCUACCCUCAGUAUCCCAGCAAGAUGUCCAGCAGGGAGGGGUUCCUGGCGCACCAGGCCUCACACACCAGCUAUUACCAUGGUACUCAUUCAGCCAACCAGCAGCACUUGUACAAAGGCAUGGCUUCCAUGGUCACAGUCAAAGCGGAGAACCUGAGCGGUAGACACCACCAGAUGACCACGCAGUCUAACUGCAUGAUGGACUUUAACGCUUUCCCACCGAACAAGACCGUGACACCAGGCAUGAACGUCAACAUCCCAGCAAUCCCCAGAAGCCAUAAUGGAGUGAAUUCCUUUGCAAGUCAAGGUCCAUACCAGAGGUCCACCAUGCAUGGUGACUUUUACAAGCAAAGGUCUGCUGAUUCCGCUGUUAGCGACACAUCCACGGCCUCGGGAUCUAGUGGUAAAGAAAGCAUCUCCUCUGUCCUCUCUAAUUUGUAAAUUGUCAAACAAUCCCCAGGUUCAAGAGCAAACAAAGGGAAAUGUUUUUUAGUGGUACGAGCCUGCAGCUACUGUAGACAAUGCAGGUGUUGUCUUCAUCCUCAAACGUUGGACCAGAACCUUUCUGUGGUUGCAUCAUAACAGAAACACCCCUGUGGAGAACUCUAUCUUCAUUCACUAGGAGAAGAAACUUUGGAGAACCAAACUCUGAGCCACAGGUUCUUCCAUCCCGUGAUGCUGCAUUGUACAAUAUUGUCUCCUAGAGCAUGCAGUCAGGGGAGGGUCUACUUCAUAUUGGAAUUACAAGGAUAUAAGGUUCCAGUGCAAUGGACACUAAAGCAGCACCUGAAAGAGUGUCUUAAAUACCGAUGCUUAUUGCCCUCCAAUUCUUAUGUUAUUCUAUGUACUUUUCUACAAAGCAUCUGUUCUACCAAAACUCUCUUCCCAAUUUUUUAUGAAAGAAGAGAAUUCGAGUUUACAAAAGUUGCAUAUACUGUACUGGACCUGAUUCUAAGCUGGAAGUAAAGCAAAAAGAAGCAAAUAACUUUACACCUGGACAAACCAUGCUGCAAUACAGGGAAGGAAGGGGGUUACAUGUGUUAUUUUUAUUAUUUGGCAUAUCACUAUAGGCAUUAAGUAGCAUUAAGAAUUGCAGACUACAUGGGAAUGACGCCGGUUGUGCUCUAUUUAUUAAAGGGUACAAAGUGCGAAUCCUACAUUAACAUUGCUACCAUGACAAAUGAUGCUUUGCAUGUUCCCUUUUAUGAGUUAAGUAGUAUUUCGGGUUUUUUUCUAAUCUCCUUUACCUUGUCAUAGGAUUCCUUAGUUAAAUCGGGAUCAGUAUGAUUUACCUACAAUCAAAAUUCCGACGGUCAAAAUACCAACAUGGUCAAAAUACCGGCAUUUAAAAUGUUGACACAGUCAAAAUACCGACAUUUAAGAUGUUGACAGGACAAAAAGUAGACACAAGUUUAAAAAAAAAAAAUUGGUGUGUUUGUUGACAUAUGUCGACAUGGACACGUAUAAGUGUACAGCGUCCCCACGCCGUUCUUUGGCACACUAUUAUAUUCCCCCUCCAUUUCCACCGGGAUGGUAAAGUAUGAACAAGUCGGUUUCAAUAAAAAAAAUCAUGUCGAGUUUUUGACCUGUUGACAUUUUAAAUGUCGGUAUUUUGACCAUGUCGACAUUUUUAAUGUCGGAAUUUUGACCAUGACGGUAUUUUGCCCUUGUCGGUAUUUUGACCAUCGGGAUUUGGGGCCUAAUUCAGACUUGUGGCCGCCUAUAGGGGAAUGUAGUUUUGCUAUGCAAGUGUGCGAUCGCUUGUGCAGCCGAGCGUUACAAAAAAAGUUUUGUGCAGUUUCUGAGUUGCCCAGAACUUACUCAGCCACUGUGAUCACUUCAGCCUGUCCGGGCCCGGAACUGACGUCAGACAUCCACCCUGCAAACGCUUGGACACGCCUGCGUUUUUCCAAACACUCCCAGAAAACGGUCAGUUGCCACCCACAAACACCUUCUUCCUGUCAAUCUCCUUGUGAACGGCUGUGCGAAUGGAUUCUUCGUAAAACCCAUCGCUGAGUGUCAAUCCGCUUUGUACCUGUGCGAUGCGUCUGCGUAUUGCGGUGCAUACGCAUGCACAGUUCUGACCUGAUUGCAGCACAGCGAAAAAAGCUAGCGAGUGAUCAGGUCUGAAUGACCCCCUUUGAGUGUAGGUAAAUUGACUGCAUCCUGUGAAAUCAACCUGAUUAUUUCCACUUUUAUGUCAUUUUUA